GUUCUUGAGAAUUCCCUAAUUUUGGGCAACAAAAAAUAAAUAUAUAGAGAUACAUUUAACUAUUAUAAUUACAUGAAAUGCCCCCACGAUAAAUACAAGAGUAGCCCACAAAUAUUCCCAAUUCCCAAUUUAAUUAAUUAAUUAAAAAAACAGUCACACACAUUACACAACAGCACAAAUAUGGGAAGCUUGCAGCAGCAGCAGGGCAGUGGCGGUGGCGGAAACACCCACCGGAUAGUCUCUGUGGCGGAGACACCACCCUCCGGCGUUGACCAAGACGACUCUCUCAAACAGAAAUCGGGAUGGAGAAAUUUCUUGCCCUAUGUUGGCCCUGGUUUUUUGGUAUCUUUGGCUUACCUUGAUCCUGGAAAUUUGGAAACUGAUCUUCAAGCUGGAGCAAACCAUGGAUAUGAAUUGCUAUGGGUGAUCCUUAUCGGGUUGAUAUUUGCUUUGAUAAUUCAGUCACUUGCUGCAAAUCUUGGAGUUAGCACUGGCAAACAUUUGUCCGAAUUGUGCAAGGCUGAGUACCCUGUAUUUGUCAAAUACUGUUUAUGGUUGUUGGCUGAGGUGGCAGUCAUUGCUGCAGACAUUCCUGAAGUAAUUGGGACUGCAUUUGCAUUGAACAUAUUAUUCCACAUCCCGGUUUGGGUCGGAGUUCUUCUCACCGGUCUCAGUACUCUUCUUUUGCUCGGAUUGCAGAGAUACGGCGUGAGAAAGCUCGAAUUAUUGAUAGCGAUAUUAGUGUUCGUAAUGGCAGCAUGUUUUUUCGGGGAAUUAAGUUACGUGAAACCCCCCGCGAAACAAGUUCUCAAAGGAUUGUUCAUUCCUAAGCUAAACGGCCAAGAUGCUACCGGUGAUGCCAUUGCACUUCUCGGUGCCCUUGUUAUGCCGCAUAAUCUUUUUCUUCAUUCUGCUCUAGUUCUCUCCCGGAAAGUACCUAAUUCCGUGCGCGGUAUCAAUGACGCGUGUCGGUAUUUCUUGAUCGAGAGUGGAUUUGCAUUGUUUGUGGCGUUUCUGAUCAACGUUGCGAUUGUGUCUGUAUCCGCAACCGUGUGCUUAGUCGACGAACUCAAACCAGACGACAAAGAACGUUGCAGUGAUUUAACACUCAAUUCUGCCUCUUUUCUCCUCAAGAAUGUUUUAGGGGGGUCGAGUUCUACCGUUUAUGCUAUCGCAUUGUUAGCCUCAGGCCAGAGCUCGACUAUCACCGGCACUUAUGCCGGACAAUUUAUCAUGCAGGGGUUCUUAGAUUUGAAGAUGAGAACAUGGCUAAGAAAUUUGGUGACGAGGUGCAUCGCCAUAGCUCCAAGUCUAGUUGUCUCCAUAAUCGGUGGACCUUCGGGAGCUGGUCGACUCAUAAUCAUCGCCUCGAUGAUACUAUCGUUCGAACUCCCGUUUGCCCUAAUCCCACUUCUCAAAUUCAGCAGCGGUACAACUAAGAUGGGACCCCACAAGAACUCAAUAUACAUAAUCGUGGUUUCGUGGGUAUUAGGAUUGGGAAUUAUCGGAAUUAACGUAUACUAUCUUAGCACAGCAUUUGUGGGCUGGAUAAUACACAACAACUUGCCGAAAGUUGGGAAUGUGUUCAUCGGAAUCUUAGUAUUUCCAUUAAUGGCAGUUUAUAUCGGAUCGGUGAUAUAUCUAAUGUUUCGUAAGGAUAAGGUUGUUACGUACAUUGACCCAUCGAAGUCCGACCCGAUUACCCAGACCCGGAUGGAGGGUGGGGGUGAAGGUGGUGUUGAAUUGCAACAACAUGUGCCGUAUAGAGAGGAUCUUUCCGAUAUUCCAUUGCCCCGAUAAUUUUUUUUGUUCUCCUUUUUUACCCCUCCCAAUAAAUGUUUUUAAUUAGUUUUUUCUUUCAAGAAUUGUUCCAAUAUUUCAAUUUUAUGUUUUAACUUUGUGUAACUGUUACGUUGUGACAUGUAUUGAAUUUAAUUUUCUAUGUAA